AAUUCAAGUGUUAUACAAUACAUCGACGGCGCCGGCAACGGCUGCCGGACACCCUGAGCUCUUGGAACUCUUUCAAUUCUUCACUGUCUCACACAAUUGGCACACUCUUGGACUAGAAUUCGACAUGGAGCCUCGAGGCCGGGUAUUGCUGUCGAGCUUGCGACAUGUUCCAGCCGCCUCAAAACGCUUCUACAGCCAUGGCCCAACGACUUCAAACGCCCGGCUACUGCCAACCGCAGCAGCGGUUACUCCCGUUCCCACAUCCAUGGUACCGGGAUCCAACCUGCGCCGGCAGGCCACAGCCCAGCCAUGUAGGACCCGCCGAUACCUACACAACCAGCCCGCUCGCCGUAGUGAUGCUCCCUCAAACCCGGCCAUCGAGUUCCCAUGCAUUGAUGCCCUCGAAAGCCGCUCCGAGACAUUGCAGAGACAAGCCGCCUCGACCCGGUCUGACCAGAGCGGCCCGGAACCGUCGUACACGGUUGGCGCAACUCAAAUAUUCCACUGCGACGAGCCGCUCCUGCUCGACCACGGUGGCAUGCUGCCAGAGUUCGACGUCGCCUACGAAACAUGGGGCCAGAUGAACUCAACCCGCUCCAACGUGAUCCUGCUCCACACCGGCCUUUCGGCCUCGUCACACGCCCACUCGACCCCCGAAAACCCCCAGCCCGGCUGGUGGGAGAAGUUCAUCGGACCAGGGCUCGCCCUCGACACUAACAAAUACCACAUAAUCUGCACCAACAUCAUCGGCGGCUGUUAUGGCUCGACGGGGCCCUCCAGCAUUGACCCGUCCGACGGCAAGCGGUACGCGACCCGCUUCCCCAUCCUUACCAUCCAAGACAUGGUGCGCGCCCAGUUUCGCCUGCUCGACCACCUCGGCGUCGACAAGCUCUACGCCAGCGUCGGCUCCAGCAUGGGCGGGAUGCAGUCCCUCGCCGCAGGCGUACAAUUCCCAUCGCGCGUGGGGCGCAUCGUGUCCAUCAGCGCCUGCGCGCGCAGCCACCCGUACAGCAUCGCUAUGCGCUACGUGCAGCGGCGCGCCAUCCUCAACGAUCCCAACUGGAACCGGGGGUUCUACUACGGCCGCGUGCCCCCCCACACAGGCAUGAAGCUCGCGCGCGAGAUCGCCACCAUCACGUACCGCUCCGGGCCCGAAUGGGAGCAGCGCUUUGGGCGGCGGCGCGCCGACGCCGCAAAACCCCCCGCCUUAUGCGCCGACUUCCUCGUCGAAACCUACCUCGACCACGCCGGCGAAAAGUUCUGCCUCACCUACGACCCAAACUCGCUCAUCUACGUCAGCAAGGCAAUGGACCUCUUUGACCUCGGCCAGGAGAACCAGCGCGCCACAGCCGCCCGCCGCGCGGUCAGGCUCGCUCAAGGCACUACCACUGCCACCAGCAGCAGCAGCAGCAGCAGUCCAACAAACGCCGCAUCAUGCAACCUCACCCUGCCGGAUAAACCCUACCAAGAACAGCCCGACAGCUCCUCCUCUGCACUCCACCACGACGCCCCCUCCUCCUCCAACGCACUGCACAACGCGGCAGCACAACAACAACAAGGCUCACACCCGCCCACGGACCUGGUAGCAGGCCUCGCCCCCCUGCGCGAGCACCCGGUGCUGGUCAUGGGUGUGGCAAGCGACAUUUUGUUCCCCGCGUGGCAGCAGCGCGAGGUAGCCGAGGCGCUGCGCCGGGCGGGCAACGAAAAGGUGACCCACCUCGAGCUGAGCGAGGAGCAGAGCCUGUUCGGCCACGACACGUUCCUGCUUGAUGUUGAUAAUGUUGGGGGGACCGUUAGGAAUUUUCUUGGGUAGUACUAGUAGUACCUUGGCUGCCCCUUUAUGUGGCUAGGUAGGCAAGCGGUUUAGUUAGUUGCAUAGAUGGCCUUUGAGGGUAAAUCGAGGGUUGUGGGGCAGUCUCGUGUUGCUGUCUUGUAAAUAGUAGUGCAUAGAAUACGCCAGGCCAUAUCAGGGCGUUUGUUGGCAGGCAGGUUUAAAGCCAUGUGGGAUGUUCUUUCUAGCGUACGAUAGCAUGGCGUUUGGUUACUCUAUUCUCGCGUCAGAUACAAGAAUCUGAUUGCUAUCAACUGUC